AUGGGUCUUGAAGAGGAGCGGAAAAAAGUUACCUUCAACGUCGAAAAAUUGGGCGAUAUUUUAAUCCCACAAAUUCUCCCAAACACCACAGCUUCUCGAGUCAGAGAAAUUACCCAAAAAGCCAUCAAAAAUCCUGACCUUUAUUUCCCCCUUCAGCGAUAUAGUGAAAACAGAGAAGACACAAUAGAUCGAGGUCUCAGGCACGGUUUAGCUAUGAAAAACUUCAUAAAAUCAGAAAAACUGUCCAGAGAAGAGUCCAGAAUUCUGCUUUCGCUAUUCCCUGAGCUGACCUCUAUAGUCCUUCACUAUGAAUUUUUCUUGCCAAGUUUCGAGCUUCAAGCAAGUGAGUCUCAAAAAGCAGAAAUGAUGGAGAAAAUCAUGAAUUUAGAGAUAAUUGGGUGUUAUGCACAAACUGAGCUGGGACAUGGGUCAAAUAUUAGAGGAAUUGAAACUGAAGCGAUUUAUGAUGUAGAAAACGAAACUUUUGUUAUGAACAGCCCAACUGUGACGUCUGCAAAAUGAUGGAUCGGAGGACUGGGAGUAGCUGCAACUCAUGCAUUAGUAGUAGCAAAACUUUUUAUCAAAAAUCAAGACUAUGGUCCUCAUACAUUUUUGAUAUAUAUAUUUAUAUAAGAAUACCCCAAAAUAUUUUUCUAUUAAUAAAAUCAAGCAGGUUUAUUAAAAAAAGCAUACAAAUUCGAGAUAUGAAAACCCACGAGCCAUUAUGUGGAGUUACUGUAGGCGAUAUAGGUCCUAAAUUUGGUACCAAUGCAAACGACAACGGCUUUUUAAUAUUUGAUCAUAUGCGAGUCCCACGAGAAUGCAUGCUCACCAGGUUCGCUCGAGUCAACGAAAACGGCGACUAUGAAAUUCUGAACCCUAACGCUCUAAAAAUUCUUUAUUCUUCAAUGGUAAAAGCACGUGUCCUAAUUUUUGGCGACUCCUGGUACUCUAUGGCACAUGCAGCUACAAUAGCAAUUCGGUAUUCCCUCAUAAGAGAACAAUUCCCAGACCACGAAAACCCUUCAAAAGAAAGACAAUUAAUUGACUACCAAAUCCAAAGGUCAAAAUUAUUCACAGUCUUAUCUCUGGUUUAUGCAAAUAUUUUUGCCAGAACCGCCCUUAGCCAAAAAUAUCAAGAAUGUGAGCUGAAAAUGCAAAAUGAUGACGACUCUAUGCUUGGGGAAAUGCACAUUUUAUCGUCGUUAUAUAAAGGAUUUGCGACAGCUAUAGCUGCAGAAAGUGUAGAAAUGUGUAGAAGAAGCUGUGGAGGACAUGGGUAUUCUAUGUACUCAGGGAUUCCGAUAGUCUAUACUAUGUAUAUUCCUGCAUGCACGUAUGAAGGGGAUAACAGUAUUUUGAUUCUCCAGGCGGCAAAGUUUAUAACAGCUUUAUUAAGAAACCUAGGAAAAGGGAAAAAAUUGCCUAAUAAGUUCGCUUUUCUAGCUGAACCAAUAGUUAUUUAAACUUGAUUACUUAUUAAGAAGUCACAGGUCACUGCUUAACUCCACGUAACACUCCACCGUCUGCUUACUAGUCUGAGCGCGGUCUUCAAUGUUGCGAGUCAUGGACGAGGGCUUGUACUCGCUAUCCAAGAGUUAGAGAUUCUGGGUCACCAUGCCCCAUGCAGAACGGGGUUUACCUUUAAGAAAAUUCGAAAAGAGAAUUUUUUCGUCGGCUGUUGAUCGAGAUCGAACCCAGAGUCCAAGGCGCAACGCCUGGUAUUACUUUGAGAUUUUUUUUAAUUCACAAAGCGAUUCUCUGGCUUGCUGGACAUCCAUUUCUACUCCAGCAGGCCAUCUCCCCAUAAGGUAAAACCUUGAGCUGGAUGAAAGCAUGAGGUCAGCUAAUCCGGGUCUUCGGUUCCACCAAGCAAAGUAAAACCAGCUCAUACUCAUUUCCGAACGCUACCCUCCUUCCACAAGGUCCCCGGCUUAUCCAAUAAACCUACGGCUAUAGUAUUAAGAGGGUAGAUUGGCUCGCAACGCCAUUUUAAUGUAUACCUGAGCCAAUACCAGUUUUUAAUGGUAUCCCAGAUGCUGCUUGUCCUGCAUUUCAUCAAAAAUGCUUCCAAGCUUUAGCUCAUUUCAAGCUGCACAGAUUAGCUCAAAAAGAACAAAAAUUGAUAGCAAGCGGAAUUGCGAAAGAAAAAAUCUGGACUGAUGCUUUACAAGUAGAAGCAAUUGAAGCUUGUGAGCCACUUUACCAUGCAUCAAUCCAUGAAGAUUUUGCUAGGGCUGUUGAAAAUCUGGUAGAUCCUGAUAUUAAGCAGGCUGUUGAAAAUUUAAGGCAAAUUUAUGCAGUAUCCAAACUUGAAAAAUUCUCAGGGAUAUUAUUAAGGGUUGGAUUAGUCCCAGAUAUUUUAGAAAAAAUGAAAGAUAUUCAGUGUUAAAUAAAUAAUCCUUAUUAAAAUUCUUUAUUUAUAUAUGAUUAAAUCAAAGCCAAAUAGUAUACUUUAAUUCAAGUAUUAAACAGGGUUAGAAAUGACGCAAUUGGACUUGUUGAAACUUUUGAAUUUUCAGAUGAAGCUUUAUGCUCUGUCAUAGGCCGAAAAGAUGGGAAUAUUUAUCCAGCAAUGAUUGAUGCCAGCAAAAACCUGAAUCCUAUCAAUAAAGAAAAGGUGUUUGCAGGGAUGCAAAAGUAUUUAAGACCUAAGCUUUAA